UUUUCAGUUUGGUUUGUCACUCGAUGCUUGGCGGCCGCGGGAGUAGUUUGCUGUGCUGGAGAAGGAAUUUCGGGCUCGGUGAACUUUCCAAAACUGUGAGUUUAGUGCCUGCUUUUUAUAAAAGCAGUUUUGGCAUUUUUGUAAUCUAGCCCUGUUUAUUAUCACAAUGGCUAGUUGGAAAUUCAUUGCGCUAACAGCAAUGUGCUUCUUCAGAAGCUCAAGUGCUAAUUUUGGAGUUUCGAAUACAGCCGUAGUGGCAUCUUCUACUCGUGGGGACGUACCCGAACCUCAGCUACCGCCUGAUCUUCCUUUCAUUGAGACGAUUAUCGCUAAAAAUACAGGUAUUUCUGUCCCAUUUGGACGUCAGCAUUUCGUAGAUCCAGAGAGUGAAUUGAAAAUAAAUGUUCAACCCGGAGAUACUUGUACAGUGUAUAUUUUAGAAGAUCCACUAUCGCAAGUCCCUGGACGUCUUUCUCCUAAUCCAUUCCCGUGUCAGUUUGGCAUUAAUGAAUUGAGUUAUUCCCAUUUUGGUGCCCGAAAACCUCAAAUGGAUAGGGUAAAAUUGCAGUUGCGUUAUGAUACAGAAGAUGAAACAUUCAUCAUUCCUUUCAUGAUGGAAGUUCGAGUUGAGUCCAAGCAACUCGAGAUUGUCACAAAGAACAUCCCAUUAGCGGUUCAAACCCUUCAAGGAACCAGUGACUUUAUAGAUAAUAGUAAGCUUACAUUUUCUUAUGAUCGCAGUAAUGAAAUUUGUAAGGUACUUGUGCUCACUUCAGCUACUGGACUUCCCCGAUAUGGAGAAAUCAAUAAUGCUAUUCAACGUGGAAAUUGGUAUGACUGUGAUAGUUUUCUAAAUCGUUCAGUUGCGUACGUUCAUACUCAUGAUGAAAAAUCACCCCGUGAGGACUACAUCCCAAUGUUGGUUCAGCUUUAUGAUAUGAACAAUAGCCCAUUGAAACAAGAAUACUUUCAAAUGACUGUACGUAUUUUAGCAGGAGAAGCCAACAAACCACCCCAGGCAAUCCCUACAGCAAUCAUGGUCAUGGAGGCCAACCAGUUUGUGAUGACUGCCAUUACACCUCUUGAACUUGGAGCUGAAGAUGAUGGUACCCCAUUUAAUGAUAUUGUUUUUAACAUUACUAGUCCACUUGGAGAAGGUGAGGGAUACAUUGUCAGCACAGAUGACCGUAACCUUCCUUUGAGUUCUUUUACUCAAGGAGAUGUUUUUGCCCUUAAGAUUGCAUAUGUACCACCAUCUGAAGACUCUGAUGAAGAACGCAUUUUUACAGUAGACUUUGAAGCUGUUGAUUCUGAGCUGGCCACAUCAGAUCCAAUGCAAUUCUUUAUUUCUGUGAAACCAAAAAACACUCUAGCACCAGUUGUAACAAGAAAUACUGGUAUGAUACUUUAUGAAGGUCAGUCUAGAGCUUUCUUAACAUCCCAAAAUUUACAAAUAUCUGAUGAAGAUAACCGUGAAGAUGUAAUCAUCACUCCAAUAAAUGGACUUGUUCAUGGUGAAAUUCAAGUCAAUGGUGUAAGUGGACAAAAGUUUUUUACUAUUGAUGACUUGGAUGCUGGUGUUGUCACCUAUCACCAUGAUGGCUCUGACACAACCUCCGAUAACAUUGUUUUUAGGAUGACAGAUGGAGAGCAUGAAGUUGAAUUCCUCUUCCCUGUAUACAUCCGCCAACAAGAUGAUGAACCACCCGUCGUCAAUGUCAAUACAGGAAUAACUCUCAACAAGGGUGAAUAUUAUCCAAUUACUCCAUUUAUCCUGAGUGCUACUGAUAUUGACUCUGAUGAUAGCAAAAUUACUUACUACUUGGAACCACCCUUCUCAUUAGAAAGUCGAAUUGUUCGCCGUGUUGUAAAUGCACCAGCAGAUCCCCAAAACUGGGAGUAUAGAAAUAAUGUUUAUGAGCAAGUUGUAUACCAGUGGACCCAAGAAGACAUUAUCAAUGGGCUCAUCUUCUAUCGCCAUAUUGGUGGAAUAAGUACUGAUGUUGUGAUGGACCAGAAUUUGUUCCGUGUUGGUGAUGAUAAUAUUCCACCAAAUCUCUCACCAGUCCAGACAUUCAUUGCAAAAGUACUUCCUGUAGAUGAUCAGCCACCAUUUCUAUACCCAGGCACCACAUUGCAGUUAACAGUAGAUGAAUUCGAACUGGCAGCAAUUCUGAAAAAUCAGCUUCGCUAUACAGACUUGCACAGUGAUGAUCGUGACCUUGAGUAUACAAUAACCACCCAGCCUUAUGAUGUUGACACCAACAACCCCUUUCCAGCUGGACAAAUUGUCAUGUUUGAAGAUCCUAGUAUUGUUGCUUAUAAGUUCUCUCAGGCCAUGGUCAACCACAAGAAAAUUGCUUACAAACCACCAAGCUCAGAACUUGGUAUUGCUCCACGUAUGAUUGAAUUUGCAUUUGCUGUGCAAGAUACAGAAGGCAAUAUAUUAUCUGGUCAAUUAUUCUCAAUCUUCCUCUUGCCAGUCGACAAUAAACCUCCAGCAAUCACUAACUCAGGAAUAACCAUUUUUGAAGGAGGAUCAAUUGUCUUUUCUAAUUUAAAUCUAGAUGUUACUGAUGAAGAUACAGACUUAAGCCAAAUUAGAUUCUAUGUUGUGGAUGAGCCCAAACAUGGUUCUAUUAAUUUAAACUCAGUUCCAAUGGUCAAAGGUGAAUACUUUCUUUAUGAUGACAUCGUCAAUGGAAGAGUGUCUUACACCAACAGUGGAUCUGAAGCGCUCAGUGACUCUAUAGGGUUGGAAGUGACUGAUGGAGUUCACAAGAUGCCAAUCACAAUAAACAUCCAAAUUAGACCAGUGGAUGAUCAACAACCAAUUAUUGACCUACCACCAGGUACCCUUGGUUCUUACAUUGAAGUGCCAGAAGGAUCAUCAAGUCUUAUUACAUCAAACAUUUUAAGUGCAUCAGACCCUGAUACAGAAGAUCUUAUGCUGAUGUUCAUUGUUGACAGUCCACCCAAGAAGGGAGUAAUUGAAAAUGGGGGUGUUCAAGUUAACAGUUUCACCCAACAGGAUAUCGUAAAUGGAUUUAUUAGCUACCGUCAUACUGGAGGUGAGAUUGGACCAACCAUGGCUGAAGAUUCUUUCAACUUAACAUUGUCUGAUAUGUCAGAUGAAUUUAUUAGUGGUGGCAACCGAAUUACUCAAAUUGAAGUGUUCGUUACAAUCUUGCCAGUUGACAGUGUACCACCAAAUGUAACCUUUGGAGACUUCCUCUUCGUUGAUGAAGCUGGCAAGGGUCAGAUGACAUUGGAUAACAUUCUUGUUUCCGAUCCUGAUACUAAUGUUGAUGACAUUACUUGUAUGAUAGUGACCCAACCAAAUAAUGGUUAUAUCGAGAACAUCUCACCUGCUCCAGGUUCUGAGAAAUCAAGAGUUGGAAGACCAAUUUCAUCUUUCACAGUUAUGGAUUUGCGAAUGGGACACAUCAAUUACGUACAGAGCAUGUACAAAAGUGGAGAACCUGAAGAAGAUCGUUUCACAUAUCGUUGUACUGAUGGUAUCAACUACUCAGACAAUUACUUCUUCCUCAUCAGUAUAGCACCAUCAAAUGAUGAGAAACCAGAGUUGUACAUCACUCAACUCCAGGUUUCAGAAGGUAUGAGGCAAGUGAUCAAUGAGAUUAGAUUGGAUGCAGAAGAUGCUGAUCUACCAAAAGAAGAACUUCACUUUUUUGUAGUAUCUCCUCCUAAACAUGGUCAAAUUGUUUUCCAAGAAUCAAGUGGCAUGAUACCAGUAAGCAACUUCUCCUUAAAUCAGGUUAAAUCUAAUCUUAUCUAUUAUGAACAUGAUGACACUGAAACCACAGAAGAUUCCUUCGAAAUCCGUUUAACUGAUGGAAAAUAUGAUGUUUUUGGAACUAUGCCAAUUAUAAUUACCACCAUGGAUGAUGAGACACCCCGUUUGACCAUAAACAAUGGCAUCAACAUAGAUAUUAAGGAGACCAAAGUAAUCACUAACCGUAUACUUAAAGCAACAGAUCUCGACUCUAUUGAUGCCAACCUUACGUACGAGGUACGAUAUGGGCCUGAAUUUGGUGUUUUACAGCUACUCUCGGUAGAUGGUGCUCCCGUACAAAAUUUAACUAUUGGAAGCACUUUCCAGCAGUGGCAAAUUGAUGAAGGGCUCAUCAGAUAUGUCCAUCUUGGAGAUGCUGGUGUAAGAGAUCUCAUAAAAUUUGAUAUCACUGAUGGAUCCAACCCACUUAUCGACAGGUAUUUCUAUGUGACUGUCAACAAACUAGAUAAUGUUCACCCAGUUGUUGUAAACAAAGGCCUGACCCUACCAGAAGGUGGAAGAAUGACCCUUACAACCAGUCUGUUGAGCACAAGUGAUAUUAACAGCCCUGAUGAAGACCUGACAUUUAUCAUUACCAGAGCACCAUCCAGAGGUCACCUGGAGAGCACAGACAUGCCAGGUGUUCCAAUUACAUCAUUUACACAACUUGAUCUGGCUGGCAACAAGAUCUACUAUGUUCACACCUCAGAUGAAGAAGUAAAAAUGGAUAGCUUCCAGUUUGAAGUGACAGAUGGACUCAACACUGUUGUGCGUACAUUCAGAAUUUCACUCAGUGAUGUUGAUAACAAGAAACCUGUUGUUACCAUUCUUCCAUUGACUCUAAAUGAGGGACAAAACAAACUGAUCACUCCAUUUGAACUUCGAAUCGAUGAUCGUGACACCAGUGAUGAACGCCUUCUAGUCACAAUCACCCAAUUACCUGUGCAUGGUAAUCUGUUGUUUAACAACUCUGACAUCGUAACAAGCUUUACUAUGGAAGAUCUGAACAACAACUUGAUCAGUUACCAAAACGAUGGAACACCAUCCACCACCGAUAGCUUCUCCUUUAUAAUCUCAGACGGCACACAUAAUGAGUUCUACGUCUACCCUCAACUUGUUACAACAACCCGCACCCCACAACGUAUGCCAAUUAACAUAAUUACUGUCGACAACGGUGUCCCACAGAUGGUUGUCAAUCGUGGUGGAUCGACGGUGGGAAACAUUGGACCAACUGGUCAACUUGGCUUUCUCAUCACCAACAAGUAUCUCAAUUCAGAAGAUAGGGACAGUGAAAAUGGUGGGCUCACUUAUACAAUUACAAUCCAACCAAAAAAUGGCUACAUAAUGAACUCUGCAAUGGGAAAUGUCAGCAUUGAUAGUUUCACUCAAGAAAAUGUUAAUGACAUGGUGAUCCAGUACAUGAUAAACCAGGGCAGUGAUGCAACCAGCGACAUCUUCUUCUUCUCUGUUACGGAUGCCGGUGGAAAUACUUUGUCUAAUCAACCUUUCCGUCUUAACUGGGCCUGGAUUUCAUUGGAUUCUGAAUACUACAAAGUGAACGAAACCGACGGCAGUCUCACUGUGAAACUUAAGCGUAGAGGUUAUCUUGGAGAAACAUCUUUUGUUGGUAUCCAGACGGAAGAUGGACAAGCCAUUAAGGGUGAAGAUUACCAUGGAAAGUCUGGAAAACAAGUCCAAUUCAACCCAGGACAGACUGAAGGCUUCAUGCGCAUUAAGAUUUAUAAUGAUAACCAGUUUGAACAGUCUGAGGUGUUCAGUGUUCGCCUACACGAUCCUGUCAUGGGCGCCCUUGAGUUCCCUGAAGUGGCUUUCAUAAACAUCCUUGACCCUGAAGACGAAUCCACUGUUUACAUUGAUGUUGCUUCUCCAUACUCUGUGACCGAGGAUGUCGGCGAAUUGCUCGUGCCCAUCAGACGUUCUGGAGAUUUGACUGAUGAACUGAUGGUCAUGUGUUCUACCAUAUCUGGUAUGAUCCAUAACAGUUUUAUCUGA